AUGAGUGAUAACGACGACAACGUGUACGACCCCGACGAGGUGGAGGAGGUGGAUGAGAAGGAUCGGUACGACCCCAACGAUUUGGAGGAGAUGGAGUAUGUGAAGGGGCUGGAGGAGAAGGAUCGGUUCUACUUUGACAAAGACAUGUACAAUAGUGGCGAUUUAGACGAUUUAGAAGAAUACCCCGACUACUCCAAUUAG